GUGGGUGACCUCCCUCACACAUUCGGGAAAAAUGACAGCUUAGCCGCCUGAUACAAAGUCAAGCCGCUUCAGCCUGCUAAGAUCCUCCGUUUCAACAUGUCUGAGAAAGAACUGGGUCAGAAAUGGGACCGCUGCCUGGCGGACUGCGCUAUCAAAGUCGGUGCUGGUCUUGGUUUAGGUAUUGUCUUCUCGGUUAUAUUCUUUAAACGCAGGACAUUGCCAAUUGCGUUUGGCACAGGAGUAGGGCUGGGCAUGGCUUACUCAAACUGCCAGAACGACUUAAGUUCACCGUAUCUUCUACACAGUAACACCACUAAGGAGCAGUAGCACCGUCCCAUGAAGGAGUUUGUCUUCGUCUUUUGUUGCCCACGAGAGCCGACAGCCUAAUGUCACUCUGUGGGCUUGUCCUCACCCUUCAUCACUUCUGUGUGCCUGAACCAGACGUUCUGUCUUUAUUUAAUCACAUUGUUUAAAAAAACAAAACGAACACAAAAAAAACAGGUUAUGUUGGCAAAUGUAGAUUUAAGAAUGAUAUGCUAUGGAACAAAUGCAGUAAUUAAAUGCUAUUUUAUGACAUCAACAAAUGA